AUGAGUGCCAAUACUACUCCAUAUGAUCCUUCGAUUGAUCCUCUUAAUCCAUUUGGUUAUCUACCAAAUCUUGAUUUAACUAUAGUUUCAACAGCUGUUUAUGGCCUAAUAACAAUAUUGUUAACUAUUUUUUCAAUCUAUUAUCGAACAUGGUAUUUUUUGGUUAUGACUAUUUCCGGUAUUGCAGAAGUGGUUGGAUAUGCAUAUCGAUGGUCGUUAGCCAAAGAUCCUGAUCAAAGAACACCCUAUAUCAUCAUGUACUGUUGCAUUGUUUUGGCUCCAGUUGCUCUAGCCUUAGCUGACUAUUUGUUGGUUGGCCGUCUCAUUAGAUUGGUUGGACGUCAAUACUCAAUAGUAAAUCCGAAAUUUGUCGAAUUUGGAUUCAUUACUUCAGACAUACUAUCAAUUAGUGUUCAAUCAGCAGGUGCCGGAUUAAUAACAAGUGGAAAACUGAAUAAUAUUACGACCGGUAGUCGAGUAUUAAUUGGAGGAUUAGGUAUUAAUUUAGUUAGCUUUUGUUUUUUUGCUGUUGUGACACUUCAUUUACAUUGUUCGAUUCAGCGACGUAAAGCUGAUUUUACUGGACAAGAACGAUGGAUAAAAAUGUUCUAUGCAUUGUAUCUUAGUAUGAUUCUAUUAAUAAUUCGUUCCACUUAUCGUAUCGUAGAAUUUUCUAUGGGUUUUCGAGGUUAUCUUGCUAUACAUGAAAUAUAUUUUUAUAUUUUUGAAUGUUUACUUAUUAUAUUUGCAUUUGGUCUUUUCUUGCCACUACAUCCUGGUAUUUGGAUGCCAAUUGAAGAUACAGAUCAACUUAUCAAAAAACCAUGCAAAAAUGUCGCUCCUAUCGUAGAAUAA